AUGGGUCGUGGAGUCUCGCCUGGGCCCGCGCCCCUGCCAAAGGUCUCCUUCUCCAAAGUCCAGGACGACUUUGCUUCCUACCCAUCCGGUGUCCAUGACCAGCAGAUGAGGUCUUUUGGCUACAAUGACUUCUCCGAAUUCAAGAGACCGGAGCAUUACAUUCGCUACAUCGAACCUUUGGAGAGUGAGCUCGCAGAGCAAGUUGAAUAUGAUAUGGACGAGCAAGAUCAGGAAUGGCUCGAUGCGGUGAACGCUGAGCGCAAGAAAGACGGCCAUGGCGCCGUGUCGUAUGAGUUGUUCGAGAUUAUCAUGGAUCGUCUCGAGAAAGAAUGGUUCGAUCUGACGAAGAACAUACCCAAACCAGACUUGGCGCUCCCGUCUGAGGACUCAACCUGCGCGAUAUGCGACGACUCGGAGGGUGAGAACACCAAUGCCAUUGUGUUCUGUGACGGGUGCAAUCUGGCAGUACACCAAGAUUGCUACGGUGUACCAUACAUUCCUGAGGGUCAAUGGUUAUGUCGCAAAUGUACCGUCUCGCCAGAGAACCCAGUGUCGUGCGUAUUGUGCCCGAACGAAGGUGGCGCGUUCAAACAGACAGUUCACGGAGAUUGGGUACAUCUGCUAUGUGCUAUCUGGGUCCCAGAGACCCGGGUCGCAAACGACGUCUUUAUGGAGCCAAUAACGGGCAUUGACCGGAUAUCCAAACCACGAUGGAGGCUCAAAUGCUCGUUGUGUGACGUCAAGGAGGGUGCAUGCAUCCAGUGCAACAAGCCGUCUUGCUUUGUUGCCUUUCAUGUGACGUGCGCUCGCAAAGACAAGCUCUUGAUGCCCAUGAAGGCCUCACAAGGUUCUGAGGCGCCGAUGCUGGCGGCGUUCUGCGAGAAACAUCUACCGGACGAGCAACAAGAUGCUCGCGCUGCAGCUCUCGAGGCGGAGCACGCCGAAGCUGACGUCUACGAUAACAGAAACCCUUCUCCUAAAUCUAACAAGACCGCCCGAGCGUACGCCAAGACGUACAAGCCGGGUCCACCCCUCAUCCCGCGCAUCAUUCUCGAGCGAAUUCUCCACUAUAUCAGCAAAGUUGCCGUGAGGCACAAACGCGAGUUCGUCGUGCUUGUGUGUAAGUACUGGAGCCUGAAGCGAGAGGCAAGGAGAGGCGCGGCAUUCUUGAAGAGACUCCACCUGGAACCUUGGACUGCGAAUGCUGGGUCCUUGCAGCAUACGGAUGAAGAAAAAGCGAUCAAGCUCGAGUUCAUGAAACGCCAACGGCGCGACCUCGAGAGCAUCCGUAUGAUCGCAGAGAUGUGUCGGAAACGCGAGAGCCUCAAGCUCGACCGUGUGGAAGCGAUUCAAUACGUCUUUGACAAGCUUCUAUUGGCACACGAGCCAGUGCUGAGACACGCAUUCGAGAGGAUAACAGCGGCCGAUCGAAUGGAUGUCUUCCGGAACCCUGUUUCGCUGGAAGACGUCCCUGACUACCUCGAGAUUGUCGAGCGCCCGAUGAGCUGGAGCGUUAUCGACGAAAAGUUGAACGGGCAUCAGUACCUCGACUUGCAGGAAUUCAAGGAUGACAUCAAGCUUGUGGCGACCAAUGCAAUGCUGUACAACAAGCCCGGUACUGCAUACCACAAGACGGCCCAGAAGGUGCUGGGUGCGGCUGAACCGAUCAUGGCCGAGCUGGACAAGCUCGUCUCCCGCCCGCCUACCACCAACAACCAAGGCGCUGCCGAUGACGGCCUGCAAGACUCAGACGCCAUGGAAGAGGACGGCCCGCCGCCACCUCCCCCUCGUCCGGCUGUUGGUGAUCUCGAACCGCCCGUGGAGUUGCUUGACCUCCUCCUUUCCGAGGACACAAUUAAGGAUGAUAUCGAUCUCGUACUGGACAAACCACCACUCGAUGCGUUGUUCAGCUACGAACUGCCUCAGAUGAAACCCCCGCCACCCGAGCCCGAACCGAAGCCUGUAAAACUGAAGGUCAAUCGCAAGGUGCUUCUGGAGCGGAAGCGUCGCGAGAGGCUGGACGCGUCCCCUGGGUUCCGCGCACUGAGAUCUCGACGUUCAUCCGCAAAUCCGGUGCAGCCCGAGGCCGAAGCUCCCGAAGCCAGAACGGAGGAAAUUCAGCCUGAGGCAGGACCGUCAACGCAAGCUGCGGAGCCAGAGAUCCCCUCGGAGGAAGAACCAAAGCACGUUAUCGCAGAGCCUGGCAAGAUUGCGGCAGAAACGGUGGAAGGGGUGGACAGUCAGCAGUCGUUCAAGAUGUUCAACAUGGGUUGGAUCCUACCGCCUGAUCAGCUGCGUGGCGGGCGGCAGCGACCUGCGGCCCAGCCCAGUCCGACCAAGAAGAAAGGCAAAGGGACUCGCGGGAAGUCGCAACUUACAGCAGCCGUGGCCUCGGUAGAGCAUGAGACUAUGAACGCGGAUGAAGAAUCGCUGCACCCGAGCAGGCUGAGCCGGCGAGAGCUCCCACAGAGCCGGUGGCAGAGGAAGCAGAUCCUCAUGCUGAGCCAGUAG